CACAGAAGAUAAUUAAAAAUAAAUAAGCUCGAUUCCCAGGAAGUGCCGGCCUCGGGUGCCUUCAUGGAGGGCAAACUGAAACGUGCGGCCAACGGGCACCGAGGGCGGGCAGAGAGGCUCUUCACACCCUCCCUCCCAUCCGCCGUGCCCGGCUGAGACUGCAAGGAUGCAGAGCCUCCUGGCUUUCUCUUUAAAUAUGAGUUCGAGGACUAAGGAGUAUGCACGAAACCAGUGCUCAGUUCCCCCGCUGCUUCCACCUCUGAAGAUGGCUUUCUCCGAGCGCAGUCCUCCCGCCUGCCAGGACCAUGCUGUCCCGUUCCCUCUCCCCGGCCCAAAAACGUGCGGCUGCCUCGGAAAGUCGGACCCCGGGGGUGCUCGGAGCCGGGACCGCGGGGUGUGCGAGAGGGGGGCAGGAUUAGGAUGUGCCUGGAUGCUUCCCGCGGGUAAUUUCCCCUUCCUCCCUCUCGCUGCAAGCCGUGCCCGCUACAGCGGGGAAAGUCCGAGAGAUUCAGGCAGCCCCCGGCCGCCUCGGGGCAGCCGCCCCCUCUGCAGCCCCCGCCACGGUGUGCACGGGUACCACCUUCACCCCCGCCACCCCAGCCAGGCCCCAGCACUCCCCCAAAAACCGAGUGCGAACCGGGGGAGCCGGAGGGAGAAACCGCGGAGAGGGAAGCCGAGAAUGUGGCUGGGGCCAAUGACACUGCUGCCCCCAAACUUUCCGCCAGCAGGAGCUAUAAGAACCUCCAAGUCUUCAACUUUCUCCCAAUCCCAGACACCUCGAAGGGGCUCCAAGGAGGGAUCGGGAGGGAUUUUUUGAUUUUUUCCUUUAAUUUUUUGUU